AGAAUCGUUAUUUAGUGAUUUUGGUCCCCGGAUUUUGAAUAAAGUUAAUUGGAUCUAUAUGCCUACAUUAUUUAUCGGUAGAAUCCUCAGAUAGUAUUUGAACUAUACCAAAUUUGCCAUUUUCGUUUCUAAACUACAGUUUUCGGUAUCUUUGUGAUUUUGUCCUAGUACUAUUAUAAAUGUAUAAUUGACCUUAUUUAGUCUGUAAAAUAAAUAUUGCGCUUUUAAAGCAAAGAGUUUUUUUUGUUCUUCAAGAUUGGGAUACUAGGAUGUCUCCCUCCAAACACUGCGAAGUCGUAUCUGCUAUUAGGCAUAUUGCUCUGACACUAUCAAGUAUGCCACCUAAGUAUGGCAUUCGAGGUGAAAAUUAUUAUUGGAGUGUUGGUUAUCAGUUGAAUUUUCGGGUUUAUGAGAAACUACUUUUUGGUUUGUUUGACAUUCUUGAAGAGGACCACCUUAUUGAGGAAGCUGCUGAGAUCCUGAAGCUCCUCAAGUCAUCUUGGUCAAUGUUAGGGAUUACUCAGAAACUCCAUAAUGUGAUAUAUUCAUGGGUGCUUUUUCAACAUGUAUACAUGCUAUGCAUUUGGUAUACUUUGUGCACCUUCAAUUCUGGGAUGCAGUUUUUUAUUGUAUUUUUAGAUGUCACCGCUAUGUAGAGUUUUGACAAAACUUCUUAUGCAUUUUUUUGCUGAUUAUAAUGUUUGUUGCGACAGAUGAGGCAGUACUUUUAGACUACUCCAUUCAUGAAAUGCUUAAAGUUUUGUCUGAUGAAGAUGAGGACCAUAUGGAAGAUAAAUAUAUAGAUGGCCUAUUAUGUUUCACUACCUCGAAUGGCUGUCAAACUAGAUCAAGUUUCUUGCAAUCUGCUAUUUUCUCCAUUAGUAUCUGGUGUGACAGCAUGUUGCAGGAUUAUCAUCUGCAUUUUGCUGAGAAACCUCAUCUCCUUAAGGAGGUGAUGAACAUGCAGAUGAUGGUUGAAGCACAUAGUUUUGAAUCAUGUGACAAGCUAAGAACAAGGUAACAUAACUAGUUUAGACCACUCAGGUCUGUAAAUCACUAAACCUCAUCUCCUUAAGUCUGUUUUCUAUUGCAUUUAACAAUAGCACUUGAUUUGAUUUUUUUAUCUCGGUGGUUAGGAAUAUUGUUUUGUUUUGUUAUGUGAUAGUAAUUUAUUUUUUAUGAUAGAUGUCUUAACAAUCAUUUUGACUUGAGAGGAAGUAAAAACUAUGGAUUUUUAUGUCCACGUAUGAUUCAAGAGAAGACAAAUGGCAGUGAAAGGGUUAGCUAUCUUACUAGGAUUUUUAUUGUAUGGACUUCUUAUUCUUUAGUUGUUAUAUAAUGUAUUAAUGAUGGAAAUUUUCACUCUACCUUGACAGAUUGAUAUAUUUACUUUAUUAUGUCAUUGUGUCUCAAAAGACUACGAGUUUGAAUGAUGUUUUAUUCUUUCAUUAUGUUGUAGUGUCCAGCACAAGUGGAGAAUGUAGAAUGUGGUUAUUACGUCAUGAGAAUCAUGCAUGACAUUAUUUCUGGUCAAAUGACACAAAAUUUGAACAAGAUGUUCAGCCGGUGUGAUAAAUAUACAAGGGGUGAUCUAGACGUUGAUCGUGGGUUAUGGUGCAAAGCUAUAUGCAAAUAUAGUUUAUGAUGUGACGCAAUGGGUUCAGUUUAUUUUUAAGUUGUCGUGCAAUAUAUGCAAUAUGGUUUGUCACUGUGAAAUUGUUUAGGAGUCUGUACAACUCUAACAUGAAUGCUUUGAAUUGCAAGACUAGAUGUUGUAUGAGACAAUUUGUGAUGAUCUUUGAAUGAAUCAGAAUUUUGGGAACUAAUUUAGUGUUUUGAUGAUCUUGUGUGGAUAUCAUGUUUGUUCUAGGGAUUGUAUUUAUUAUCAUGUUCAACUGACUGGUAUUGUAUUGAGGAAA